AUGCGAGCACGGCGUAAAGGUUUACUCAGGACAAUCCGUGCGCCACUGAUGUCCCGUGGAAAACCAAUGAGAAGUGCGCAGAAGGGUUACGUGUACAUCGUUUCCAGAGAUGCCGACGAGAAUUGCUUCAAAAUCGGCUUUAGCAAGCACCACCCCAUGAAGCGUGUUUCUCGUCACCGUAGAUGUCACGAUGGCGCUAAAUUGAUCGCUUUUACCAGUGCAAUACAACAUGCUCCUCGAGUCGAGCAACUCGUGCACUGGGAUCUCAGCACCAACCGACGUUGGGAAAAGUGUUCCCGUUGCAAGUGCGAGCACAGAGAAUGGUUUGACGUAUCUAAGGACAUGGCAAUUGAGGCUGUCUCCAGGUGGGCAGGCUGGAUUUGUUCACAACCAUAUGAAAGGCAGGGUGGCGGCUUAAAAGCAUUUUGGUCGAGUCACCUUCGCUCUGGGUUCGACCCUGACUCAUUGAGCGGUCACUACUGGGGCUGGCACACCGAGUCAGAUUGGGCAGAAACGUUGGUGGAGGCCAAAGCCUACCGGAUGAGUUUAGAGCAUGUUGAAAGCGUCAAGAUUCAUAGGUACGAUGAGACGGGUGGGGAAAUCGAGAACGCGGUUGUCACAGACUCGAUAUUGGCCUUGUUCAACUAA